CACCCUCCUCUUCCCUUCGUCCUCCACCCCGCAGAUCACUAGCUAAUCCAUCCCAUCUAUUCCCCCCACCCCUCCUCCCCUUCCCCCACAGCCGCCAUGGAUGAACAAGACUGAAGAAAGUAGGAGAAAAAGCAGAGGAAAAAGGCAAAAAUUCCAGAAGUAAUCAUGACGGGCAUGGAAGACAAGCAGGUGUUGUUGUAUAUCCUUGUAGCCUCUCUCUUUUCCAUCUGUUGAUUGGAGAAACAAAACAGAGGCUGGUCUGUAGUAAAAACACCAUAUCAUGAGUUGGCUGUAAAAAAAAAUUUGAAAAUCUGUUGUGUUGUUCUCUGAAUCAAGAAACAUGGGUGAAAAAAAAAGAGCAGAGCAUGUGUAUGACAUUCAGUCAAAAUUUGGUGUGUGCCAAAUGUGUGUUUGUAGUGUGCCAAAUCAAUAAACAAGGAUUUCUGUGAAUCAAGAAACAAGUUCAAGUCAGUGUGUUUGUAGUGUGAGAAUGUUUGAUGUAGGGAGGAAGUUGAUUUGAAGAAAGAAUGCAUGCUGGCAAAAUUUGGUCUGUGUGCCAAUUAACAAGUACCAACUCUGCUAGAAUCCCACUGUUGUAGUUUUCAUGUUGAUAGAAAAAAUAGAGAAGAAAAUCAAAAGUAUAUUGUGGUUUCAACUUUUAGUGUUGAUCAUACAGAAAACUCAUGACACCUACACACUUUCAGUCUAUGCAUGCAAAAAAUCAUAAAGCAUCAGGUUUUUGAAUCAUCUAUUGGAGCGAAAAAAAACAUUGAAUUUUUGCAGCAAAUGAAUUGUCCUAUGCAGGGGACUACAUUGGAACUCAGCCAGUGCGCUCCCAUUACCCGUGGUUUGGCCCAAGGAUUUCUCAAAUGCAAGGCGACAGGGUUAAUUUCCUACAGAUGAUCCCGCCUUACUCAUUGGCCUAUCCGGGCCAUCAGUUUGGAACAUCGACACAUCCUCUUGUUGUUGUGAGUAACAAUUCCGUUCCGGUGACUGGACAACAUGCUACCCCAGUUGUCAAACAUAAAGAAAAUGCAUUAGUGUUGAGUCCAGGCUUUGGCAUGAACAUGUCAUACACACAAAUGUUGCUUGCAGCUGAAUCGGAGGAUCCUCUAUUUGGUUCACCACACACAGAGUACUAUCCUGUUGGGGCUGAGAACAAGACAUUUAUGGUAACUGGACGGAACACAAGGUUGAGCGAGCUAGCUGACAUGGACAAUCCAGAAUCAAGCAACUACAUUGAACAAGAUGAUCCUAGCAAUUGGAUUAACAGCCAGAGAGAUUUCCAGGAGGCUGAUUUAGCAUUGCAAACUGUCACAUGGGAUGAUGGCGUCCCAGCUCCUGGUGCAGAGCUUUUGCAGGCUCUAGGCAUUUGUCCUGGAGACAAUCAAAAUGAAGACGAUACAUGCAGUGAACAUUCAGACACCGAUCCAGGUGCAUUUAACAGAGAGCUAGUUGUUGCUGAAGAAGAUGCUAAUCAGGUAGUUGCUGGACAUGGUGAUGAACAUGGUGAUAACGAAUCUGUGGACGAUGACGUUAACCAAUUCUCACCAGAUGACAUUGACAAUUUCCUCGAGAAUGAUUCGGUUCUCGCUGCUCAAACUUGUAGCCAAGAGGUUCGCAGCCGCCAUGUCCCGCAGAUGGGUAUGGACUUCGAAACAUCGAAAGCAGCACAAGCAUUCUACAAGAGCUAUUCUUGCUUGUGUGGAUUUGCUGUGCGAAAAGCAUCAAACUACUGUGGCCAAACUAGCACAGGGGGUGGUGAGUCCCGAUGUAUUUUCAGAUGCAACAGGUCAGGGAAGGUGCUUGAUGAGGAACAAAAGGAGGCUAAGAGGAAACAAAGGAAGGAGAGGUGGCAAGAGCGAACUGGAAAGCUAGCACCAGAGACAAGGAAGAGGAAAAGGAAUGUCAUUGAUGUCACAGGGUGUCAAGCUAAACUGGUAGUCAGCAAAAAAUGGCAGAUGGUUUAUCACAGAUAUCAACCUCGAGCACAACCACGAGUUGAGUCCACCGGAUGAAUCAAAGUUUUUGAGAUCGCAUAAGCAAAUGACGGAUGAAGAAAAGUUGUUAGUGAGAACAUUGAACUUAGCAAAACUGCCAACAAGAAAAAUAAUGGACAUACUAUCGUUUUUAAGGCAUGGCCCGCUUCCAUACACGAAGAAAUAUGUGACGAAUGUGAGGGCAUCGAUCAGGAAAGAGAAUGAUGGCUACGAUAUGAUGCAGCUGCCGGACUACUUCAGGAACAAGCAAGCAGAAGAUCCAAGAUACUACUACAAGUUUAAGGUUCAUCCGCAAAAACCAAGCAAAGUGUUGUGCAUUUUCUGGGCUGAUGGCUACUCAAGGAAAAUGUAUGAUCUGUAUGGAGACAGCCUAAGUUUCGACACAACCUACAAAACUAACAAAUACAAUCUGCCAUUUGCCCCAUUUGUUGGUGUGUCCGGGCAUGGACAGAACUGCUUGUUUGCAUGUGCUAUCAUUCAGGAUGAGACGAUCAACACGUUCAUUUGGCUCUUUCAGACAUUCCUAGAGUGUAUGGGCAGGAAGCAGCCAAGGACCGUUAUCACGGACCAAGACACGUCCAUGAAGGAGGCUGUCCCUGAGGUGUUCAACCUCUCCAAGCACAGAAACUGUCUGUUUCAUGUGAAGAAAAAAGCUGAAGAGAAAUGCUGCAGGACUUUUGUCACAAAAGGUGAUCUCCAUGCUGAUUUCACAGACAUUGUGCACAACUCCCUCACAGUUGCAGAGUUUGAAAAGUUGUGGCAAGAGAUGGUGCAGAAGUAUGACAUUGGUGUUGUUAACUAUUUCAAGAUUAUGUGGAAAGAGAGGAGAAGGUGGACACCUGUCUACUUCAAGACAGAUUUUCUCCCACUCUUACACUCAACAUCAAGGAGCGAAGGCAUGAAUGCCAUAUUCAAGGACAAUGUAGCGUCGACCGACAAUGUGAUUAGUUUCAUGACAGAAUAUGAGAAGAUAUCUGAACGCAUACAAGACAUGGAGAGGGAGCAAGACUCGUUGACAAGGACAACGAAACCAACAUUCUGGGUGCACAAUGAGCUUGAGAUUAAGGCAUCACGAAUGUACAACCGGCAGAUUUUUUACCGAUUUCAGAAACAAAUGAAGUUUGCUGCCCAACUGCAUGUGGAUGUUGUUGAAAAUGGAUUAAGGUUUGAGGUUUACAAGUCGAGCAUGCUUGCGGAAAAAGAUUUCAGGACACGACGUUACCUUGUACUAGCAAACCUGAAGCAAGAAAAAUUUGCUUGCAUCUGUGGGAAGUUUCAAAAGGAUGGCAUUGUGUGUGCACACAUACUGUGUGUGCUUGUCAACCUGAACAUGGCCGUCCUACCAGACAAGUAUUAUAUUCAGAGAUGGAAACCACAAGACAGAAAAUAUGUAAGAGACAAGCAGUUCAAUGUUCCCAUGGAACUGACUGAGGCAAGCAGACAUUUGAGAUAUUCACAGCUAUCAACAAUUCUCAAUGAGAUGGCUUCCGAUGGGGCAAGAACGAAUCAAAAGUACUUGUAUGUUGUGAACGAAAGUGAGAGAAUAUUUGCUGGGCUUGAUGAGAUGACCAAGGCAGAUGAGUUGAGGGAGCUUCAGGCAAGAGGAGUUGCUGUGGAAAAAGAACCUCCAAUACAAAUGCAAGUACCCCACCCUGAUGGCUAUGACAACCUACAAGACCCAGAUGUUGUUGUAUCUAAAGGUCGACCAAAAAGUCGUUAUCUAACAGCUAGAGAGAAGUUCCUCACAAAAAAACAAAGUAAAUGCAGCCACUGCAGGAGCCAAGACCAUAAUAUUGCUACUUGUCACAAUCUGCAUAUUGAUAAGUCUGAGUUUGAGAAGAAGAAACCAGCAACUAAAAAACCUACAGGUCCUUCUGAUUCAUCAACUAGCAAACAGAAUGGAGCUAAGCGUCAACGAAGGAAGGCACCUGCCACACAGGUUGAAGGAGUGCUGUAGUUCAGGCAGAAGAUUUUUGAAGAAAGUGAAUCGAAAAGAAGACAAGUAACACCUAGGCAGUGCGGGAAACCUUGAAAAAAAGAAACAUGUACCCAAAGCGGGAGAAAAAUACUUCAUUGUAAGAAAUACGAGAGAAAAAAUAAAACUUUGGUUGGUAA